AUGCCAAUGGUAAAAGUGAUCUUAUUGCUUUUGAUCAUAUCAGCUACCUUUGUAGAUGCUCGUGUGCGUCGUAAACGACGUCAAUUAUCAUCAGCAAGUUAUUAUAUCUCAGAUGUAAAUCCAUAUUCCGGCUCUUAUUCUCCAUCAUCACCUUUAACAUAUCCAUCAGGUUCAUAUUAUAAUGCUCCUAAUUAUGGUACUUCAUAUACCGGCUAUAAUGGAGAUCAAUCUGCUUAUACGAAUUAUUACGGUACUGGUUUAAGUCAAUAUGGUCCAGCAUAUCCGUCUGAUUAUAAUAAUCAGUAUCCGUCUGGAAUAAGUCAGACUUAUGAAUUUCCAAAUUUAGGUAGCACCUAUGGUAGUGGACUAUAUGGAGCAUAUGGAACACUUUCAUAUGGUUAUGCACCUACAGGAUUUAAUAAUCGAUAUCCUAAUUGGCAACAAGGGAAUAUUGAUCAAUAUUAUACAGGUGGAACAGGUAGUGGUUUAAUUCUUCCAAAUUAUCAGUGGUAUCGAUCAUUUCGAAAUGUUCCUUUCCAAGGACGGUCAGGUGAUAGUGUUAAUCGCAAUUCUGUUGGGCUAAAUUCACCGGUACCUUCAGGCAAAUCGGUUGCAGGUAGCCCACGAGUCAAGCGAAAAGUUUAA